AUGUUGUCAAUCAAUAUCUCAAAACAUGCCACGCCUCAAAAUUACGAGCUCAGCGAGCUUCCCGCACCGACCGUGGACGAUCCCAGUGACAUCAUCAUCAAAGUCCAUGCGGCCAGUGUCAAUCCGAUCGAUGUUAAAAAGGCAUCCGGUGCGUCAAAGAUGGUCUUGAAAGAUUCCUUCCCAUACAAGAUCGGCUAUGACUGCGCCGGCACCGUUGCGGAAAUCGGAUCUCAAGUGACCAGGUUCAAAGUUGGCGAUGAGGUGUUUACUCGGCUUCCUGAAUGCCAUCGAGGGACGUGGAGUGAACUGGCUAAAACGACUGAAGACUUUGUCGCUUUGAAGCCAAAGAGUCUGUCUAUGGAAGAUUCAGCAUCGAUUCCAUUGGCGGCUAUGACUGCUUUGCAGGCACUUCGGGGAUACCCUGGUAGCCUUGAAGGGAAGACAGUGUUUAUACCUGCCGGAUGUACGUUUCUCGCGACUUGCCUUUAUACAACGAAAGCUUACCUUGUGGCAGUGAGUGGUACUGGUCUAUUUGCCUGCCAGCUGGCCAAGAAUGUGUUCAAGGCCGGUAAAGUCAUCACGACAGUUUCAACUUCCAAAGUCCCCCAAGUGAAGGAACUUCUCGGUGAUGGCGUCGUAGACGAAAUCAUCGACUACAGAAAAACGGACCCAAAGACCGUCAUCCCUGUACAGUCGGUCGACUUUCUGUUUGAUACGACUGGAGACUCUAUGACCUAUCUGUCGCAGAUGCGACCGACCGGCGCCAUAGUCUCCAUCUCCAUCCUGACCUCAGGAGAUACUUUGCAAAACUCGAGUCUUAUGCGGUUGUCGCCUGAUAAAAACAACAAAGCGACCGUGCCCUAUCCUGUCCGCCUCGCGCUGAACGUCCUCGAUCGAAUCCGUGUUAUGCGCGCCUCACGAUACGGCGUCAAGUAUUCAGCCAUUUUCCUGGAACCGAAUGCUAAAGAUCUAGAGUCCAUUAGUGAGUGGGUUGAAUCAGGCAAACUGCGUACUGUCGUCGGAACCAAAGUGCCGUACAAAGAUAUCAAGGCCGUUCGAGAUGCGUGCCAAGUUGUGUUUGACUCGAAAGGUGGUGUCGGGAAGUCAGUUAUCACGUUUGUGUGA